UCGUCUGUCAUCGUUGUCGUCGGGUGUAUGUAAACGCGGUUUGCGUCCGUCGCUUUUUUUCUGCACAAGUAAUUCUAAAGUAAUAUUUAACACUCGCAUUUCUCACAAUAAAUUUUUUUAAUUUGUUCACGGUGCUUUGCAUAAAAUUAGUGUGUGUGUGUGUUUAUGUUAAUAUUUAAAUAAAUAUAUAAGGCACAAAGUGGAGCUUAAUAGUUUAGUGCAGCGUGAACAAACACACAAACAGCUGAAGGCUGAUUUAACCUACAAAUAUACGUAUAUUUUCAAUUUACUAAUUUUAACGCAAGUACAUAAGCAAAACACCAAAUUUUAUCAAUAAAAUUUAAACUAAACCAUAUUAUAUAUAAAAAAGAAAACAACGAAGGCUGACAAAAAACGGAAAACACACAAAAUAAAUACAAAAAAAAAUAACUUUUAAGCAAAAUCUAAAAGAAAAAAAUAUUUGCGUACUGCAGAUAAACAACAUUAAUUGAGCGUUUUAUUUUAAGCACAAAUUAAUUAAACAACAACAAUCGCUUUUAAUUAAAACGAUUGUAUAAAUACACCGCCAAACAGGGAUAGCAACAACAACAACCAUAAAAAAACAACACAAAAUAUUUCAUAGCGCAAAGUUAUAACGCAACAAAAAAAAAAAGUUAAUCAAAAUGGAAGCAAUUGCCAAACACGACUUCUCAGCAACUGCCGAUGACGAAUUGAGUUUCCGCAAAAGCCAAAUUUUAAAGAUUUUAAACAUGGAAGAUGAUUCAAAUUGGUAUCGUGCCGAAUUAGACAGUAAAGAGGGUCUCAUACCCAGUAACUAUAUAGAAAUGAAAAAUCAUGACUGGUACUAUGGCCGCAUCACACGUGCCGAUGCUGAGAAAUUGCUCUCAAACAAACAUGAAGGUGCAUUCUUAAUUCGCAUUAGUGAAUCCAGUCCUGGUGAUUUCUCAUUAUCAGUCAAAUGCCCCGAUGGUGUGCAACAUUUCAAAGUUUUACGCGACGCACAGGGUAAAUUCUUCCUUUGGGUUGUUAAAUUCAACUCACUCAACGAGCUGGUGGAGUAUCAUCGAACCGCAAGCGUAUCGAGAUCGCAAGAUGUCAAAUUACGAGAUAUGAUACAUGAAGAGAUGCUCGUGCAAGCAUUGUAUGAUUUUGUGCCACAAGAAUCUGGUGAAUUGGACUUCAGACGCGGCGACGUCAUCACCGUCACAGAUCGAUCUGAUGAGAAUUGGUGGAAUGGUGAGAUCGGCAAUCGGAAAGGCAUCUUCCCAGCAACCUAUGUAACGCCAUACCACUCAUAAUAGAAUAGAAACUCGUAAAAUAAUGAAUAUAUAAAUGAAAAUUACAAAUAAAUGAAAGAAAAUUAAAAACAAAAACAAAAAAACACAAUAACAACAACAACAAAACACUGCAUACAAGAAACAAAAACAAUAAACGAACAUAAAAACAAAAACAAUACUUGAAAAACGAACCACCAACAACAAUAAUAACAACAACAACAACAACAAAACACUCCACCAACAACAAUAAAAACACUUUCCACCAGCAAAUUUUCACAAAUCACACUCACACACACAUCUGCCGCUAUAACAGCAACAAUAGCAAUCAGAAUUGUAGUACUGUAAUCAUGCACAAGCGCGCAACAACAACAAGUGACACUUCAAUAAUUCUUCAAAUUUAAAGUAUUUAGUAUACAUAGUAAUUGGCGCAUACUGGCAAUAGCUAACAAUAGGUUAUACAUUUAUUUCAAUUUAUUUCGUUUUUUUUUUGUUGGUGUGUAGAAAUGCAACUCUCGCCAAAUGCACACCACAGCCACGAUUAGUUGUGUGACCCCUCAUUCAGUGGUUCAAUUUGUAUACAAAGCCAUACAUACAGACAUACUACAUCUAACUGCGAUACAUCACAGCAUCAUUUAUUACCGUUAGGCACACAUAUACAUAUGUAUAUAUGCAUGUAUAAGUGUUUUUUGUAUGCGAUGAAAAAGCUUGAAAAGCGCACUUUACAGACCGUGUUUAGCCACAAAACGAAAUAGUCUUGCAUUGUCUGCCGCAUGAAUUUUCAUUUGAGGCUGAAACUGCGGCUGCAGCGCUAGAUAUGAAGCAGGUGCGCUUGUUGCGUGAUUUAAUGCAGUAAAGUAGCACAAGCUGCGAGUUGACCUAUUUAUUCGUCAAUGUAAUGGUUUGAUAUAAAUAAAUAAAUUCGGUAAAAUUCGCAGU